UAUUAUUUAUAAUCAUUAAUUGUUAUAUAUACGUUAAUCAUAUUAGAUAAUUUUGUAGCUUUUAUUUAAGGAAAGUGCGAGAAUAUUCAUUUGUACAUUAUUUAUCAAUUCAAUAAUUAGCUUAAAAAGUAUAAUAUAAAUUAAGAUGAACCAACCUAUUUUUCUAAGAAUUAUGAAUUUCAUUCACGUAUUGCUGACACAUGGCUACAAAACAAUGUUGUAAUGUUUCUCAAUUAAUAUAUAAUGGAUUUGUUUUAUUUUGAAUGUCGUGCUUAAUAUGAAAUGGAGAGAGUAUAUGAUGCAAGGUUAGAGGUGUAAAAUGUUUUCUAUGACCCACCCCACUUCUUCAAACACAAAGUGCUUUUUUUUUGUAUUUGGUAAAAAGUGUAUUUUAAAAAAGUGUAUUUGUUUCUUAAUGAAAUAUCUACCUUGCUAUACAUAAAUUUAAAUGAUGUAAGCAAAAAAUAUAGAUAAAAUCAUAAUAUAAAUUCACAGAUAAUGUUAUAUGGAAACAUAUCAAAUGUGAGUCAUCCAUAGAUUUAUGAAUCUUGAAACAAUGACUAAACAUAUAUAUUUUUAAUCAUUUAGGAAUCAGAUGAUAUCUUACUAACUAUUAAUAUUUUGGAAAUUAUACCAAUAUAUCAUCUUGUUAUGAACUUAUGACUACGACAGGCUCUGUGUCGGUUCAGAUCAACUACUUUUUUUUUAAAUGGCACAGUAGGAUCUUUUUAUUCAUAACAUGACAUCAUUUGGCAUGAAACAUCAUAGUAAAUCUUAUUGUAUAUCCUCAACACGUGCCUUACACGCUUGCUCACUUUCAGGCGGUUGACGCGUUUCUAUUUCGCAGAAGACGACGUUUUUUCUCCUUUCCAAACAAGUCUCUUGUUUCCAUAGAACCCAAAAGGAAACGAUAACGUUUUGAGCUUAGCGGAAGAGAGGAGAGAGGAAAUAUGAUCGCUAAGUAGGCUUUCGUUGUCAUUGUCUCUCUCGGUCCCACUUAACUAAUCAACCACCAGAAGAAAGAAACAAAUAUAAAACUGCAACCGUUUCUUUCGUUGACCUUUUUUGUUCGAACCAAAACACACUCCAUCAUCAUCAUGAAUAACUUCGAGUCGAUUCAGAAGAUGGUUUCGUUUCAUGAGAUUAUAAUUUGAUCUCCUUGGUUAACAAGACAAAGCAACCAUCUUCACUUGUGUGUUUCGUGGAACAUAUGGAGUGUUCUGUCUUCCAUCAUGUGGUCAUUGUGUUGAUGUUCCUUUGGAUUCUUUCUUACUUGAAUCGACCACACUCCCUUUUCUAUCUCCUCGCUCUGCUAUAUCUCUACUUGGUUCAUGAACGUUAUGUGAUGAGAUUGAGGAGAAAGUUUCGGUUUCAAGAGACGAAGCAAGCUAACCAGAGACGGGUCCUCUCCGACUCUGAAUCAGUCCGGUGGCUGAAUCAUGCCGUGGAGAUGAUAUGGCCGGUUUGCAUGGAACAGAUUGCGUCUCAGAAGAUUCUGCGUCCGAUUAUACCUUGGUUCUUGGAGAAAUAUAGACCUUGGACCGCGAAAGAAGCUUCCAUACAACAUCUCUAUUUGGGAAGAAACCCACCUUUGUUGACUGGUAUAAGGGUGCUUGGGCAAUCUACUGGUGAGGAUCACUUGGUACUGGAACUUGGAAUGAAUUUUCUCGCAGCAGAUGAUAUGAGCGCAAUACUGGCAGUGAAGCUAAGAAGAAGACUUGGUUUCGGAAUGUGGACAAAGUUACAUAUCACAGGAAUGCAUGUCGAAGGAAAGGUGUUGAUUGGAGUGAAGUUCCUUCGUAGAUGGCCGUUUCUAGGGCGUUUACGCGUGUGUUUUGCUGAGCCACCUUACUUCCAAAUGAAUGUAAAACCAAUCUUCACUCAUGGACUUGAUGUUUCUGUGCUUCCAGGGAUUGCAGGAUGGCUAGACAAUCUCCUGUCUACUGCAUUUGAGCAGACUCUUGUUGAGCCAAAUAUGCUUGUAGCUGAUAUGGAGAAAUUUAUUAGCCCAAGAUCAGGAGGUAGGAUGUUCAGAAUACAUAACUUCUCUCUUGUACUUCUUUUGAUUGGUUACUUGAUGUUAUCAACAUUCUCUUUACAAGUCCAUAUGAUUACAACUUUGUGCAUGUGUUUACUUGCAGAAACCUGGUUCUUUUUUUAUGAGAAAGGACCAGUUGCACACGCUCUUGUUGAAGUUGUUGAAGCCUCUGAUGUUAAACCAUCAGAUCUAAAUGGUUUAGCUGAUCCUUAUGUGAAAGGGCAGCUUGGCGCUUACAGAUUCAAAACCAAGAUACUAAGGAAAACGUUGGCUCCCAAAUGGCAAGAAGAGUUCAAGAUACCAAUCUUAACAUGGGAGUCUCCAAAUGUACUUAACAUUGAAGUACAAGACAAAGACAUAUUCUGCGAUGGCAGGCUUGGCGAUUGUUCAGUAAACAUUGCGGAGUUCAGAGGUGGGCAAAGAAAUGAUAUGUGGUUGCCUCUUCAGAACAUCAAAAUGGGAAGGCUGCACCUUGCUAUUACUGUAACUAAGGAUGAACCAAAGUGGAGUGAUGACCCGUUUGAAGGAGUAACAGUAAGUAAAGAAGAUAUGUGGGCUUCUUUUGCUUUAGAGAAAGCAAGCAAAUGCUCUGUCUCGUCAGUGACAUCUGAUAAGUCUCCAAGGGUUCUUGAUAAUUUGGAACCAAUUAACAUUGAAGGACAAGAAGAGACAGGGAUCUGGAUACAUCAGCCAGGAACUGAAGUCUCACAGAUUUGGGAACCAAGAAAAGGCAGGAGUCGAUGCCUUGAUAACCAAGUACGUGGAGUUCCUCAUGAUGCUUCUGUAGCAAGUAAUGAAAGCAGCAGCCCUGAUGAAACUCAAGAAGGUAAGAACACAGUGAGGUCUGUUGGUCGUGGAUUGAAGAAAGUUGGUUUAGUGUUUCGUAGGAAUGGGAAAAAGGAAGAAUCAGGGAACGUGGAGGAGGGUGUCAGGUCUCCUCGGAUUAAUUUAAAGGCGUUGAAUCGAAAGGAUGUUGGGGUUAAGUACAUCAUUGAAGACCGUUUGUCAGGGCCUCUCACAGGAAGAAGUCUAAAAAGUGAGAGCUUUGGUGCUGAAGACAGUCAGAAUAAGGGGCACAUGAAAGAUGUUGCAAAGAGCAUUCUGAAACAAGCUGAAAAGUCUGCAAGAUACCUAAAACAUAUGUUUUCGCCUAGAGGGUCAAGGAAAUCAAGAGAUAAUGAGUGUUUAACCGUGUCAGAGGAAGAUGUUGUUCCUGAAUCUGUGUCUGAUUCAGAACGUCAAUGUGUAUAUUCGAAUUCUGAUGACGAAUCUGCAGUUAGUAUUGUGCAGGACCUAGGAUCACCAAAACCUGAAGGUAAAAUUGUCGGAUCAGGCUAAGAUGAUCAUGUAAAUACAUCAGUAAACUCCAAAGAAGAUUUUAAAGGUGUUGCAGACAUUCCAAAAAAAUAAAGAAGCAAAAAGUAAAUCGAGCAAACUUGGAAACAACAUAUAUGGAUGCCAAGAACUCCUCUGCUAGGCUGAGAAAGUCGCCACACCAAAUGGAAGAAGAGAAAAUGGAUCAUAGGUAAUCAAGGAUGGAUAUUUGAGUAUGUUCAGUCAAUGUAGUUGUAAAUUUACGACAAAGGGUUCGCGUACACCUUUUGAGUUUUGAGCCUGUGUCUUGUUCAACAA